AUGGAUCGCGACGUCGGCAACGAUGCGGCCGCCUCUCGAUCCAACGGUCGGCUGCCUUCGACCAAGCUCGUCGUGAGCCAUGACGGCCGAAAACCCCUGUUCCCCGACAACGCGACGACACGAGGACUGCGAAACGGCAACGCGAGCAACCAGAUCCGGUCGGCGACGGCCUCGGUAGGCACCGGCCACGGACCCAACGCACCGCCUCCUGGAGCGGGCGCACCGCGCGGCGGGCUGGCGCGGAGAGCAAAUUCCGAGCCCCAGGGCGCCGCUUCGGAAGCUGGACACGCGGGCGGGAAAAGUCCCCGCGCCGGCACCCCCGGAGGCAGUCGCAUCCCCAGACUCGAGCUGGCUGCGUCCCAAGGCCGGCGGCCCAUUUCGCUCGCCGAGGCCUUCAAGAUUGCACAGGAGGAGGAGGAGGAAGCGGAGAGGGCGCGGCAACUCGGGGGUUCGCCGAGCCCUGCACCCCGACCGUGGCGAGCGCGACCGUCGGGCCAGCCGGAAGACGACGAGGCCAAGGCGAGGCCAAUGCCGGCAGCAGAGCGUUUGCACAGCAAAGGCGCGACGCGACCAUCUGGCCAGGCUCGCCGAGGAGUCACUCACACUCUGCCGUCUCCUGACGCGAGGGCGCGGCCCGGCCAGGCAGCAGCAGCAGCAGCAGUAUCAAGCGGCAGCCUGAGCAGGAGAUGGGGAAACGCCCUCAGCCUCGAGGAGCGCGUAAACGAGUGGAGGCAACAUUCACCAGCAGCGGCAGCGGCAGCAGCAGCACCAACACCAGCAGCAACAGCAGCAGCUCAUCCACCGAGGGCUGUACCGUGCCCAGAUGCACUCGGGUAUUCAAGCGAGGACGGCCGACUGCCCGACUUGGUCCCUGGGAUCGAAGACAUGGCUUUCGGCUCUCCCAACCGACGGUUCGGAAUCGCGUCCCCGUCAAAGGAUUUCACGUGGCAAGUCGAGCAAGACUUUACGGCAGGGGAUCUUCAGGUGUCCGACAGCCCCCGGAUCAGAGCCGGGAACAACAGCAACAAGCCGUUCGCGAACCGGCCGUCGAUAUUCGCCAAGGGUGCCGGCAUCGACUCGCCGGCAAGGGUGAUCCCCCAGCCUGAGCCUGUGGCCAAGGCUUCCAGACCAGGCAGCAGUCGAGGAACCGGGCUCGGCAACGGGCUGCUUGGCCAUGACGGCGCGGCAGGACUGUCCGAUCAACCGACAGCACGCAAGUACGCCCGGCUGGACGAGCUUCGCCAAAGAGAGGCCGCGGUGGAGAAACAGAUGGCAAUCUCGGACCGAAACACGUCGAGAGCAAGAAACGCAAAGAUUGACCAGCUUCGCCAGUGGGAGGCAAAGGGGCUAUCGAAGCGAGCCCUGGCUGCGGCUCGCUUGGAAGAGAUCAAGGAACAGAACGCCAUGGCGAGGCCGCCGCCUCCAGACGGGCAAGCAGUGUGCGGCCGCCCUAGCAGCAGGCUUGCGGACCGAGGAGAGCACGUCCCGGACACGCCAGUCACCAUAUUCAAGAGCUAUCGCAGCCAGCAGGAAAACCUGGACCCCAUGCAGCCGAAGCUGCCGCCGCUCGACGCAAACGACGCAAACGCAGAGGCGAAGCCAGGGCAGCCCAGGUCCACCAAUGAGCGUGACUUGCUGCGGCGGCUGGCAAGAGCUGCCAGUGCCAGUGGCAGUCCAGCACCCCCGCCCGUGCCAGCUGUCGAGCGACAGAAGCGAAGCGACGACGAUGGACACAAAGCUGCCGCGAAGCCAUUGCCUGGCGGCCGACUCGCAGACAAUGACCGCAAGUCGGCACCGGGCUUCAGCUCCACUACCGCCAGGGACAAGGAUGGCCAGCCGCCAAGACCGACCGUCGGAUUUGCUGGCUUGCGACGCGCCAACUCAGCCGGGUCAGCCAAGAGCAAGCGAUCGAGCAUGCAUUCAGAGUCGGAUCCAACCGUUCGGAUAGAGGCCGAGAUGAAGCUGUUUGCGCCUCACGAGAAUCAUUCGGAGCGGGGAUCCGUGCGCGCUCCCUCGCCGCAGCCCGGUCCAGAGGGUGAGGAAGAAGGACAAGAAGGAGGAGGAGGAGAAGACGAAGAAGAAGAAGAAGAGGAAGAAGAGGGGCAGGCGAAUGGAGAAAACGACAAGGCCGAAGACGGUGACGCGAGCGACUUGGCCCAGGCGACGCCCAGACCACAAAAGCACGAUUUUCUCAGCCUGCCGACACCUCGAGUGACUGGUGCAUACGUCGAAACGCCCGUGACUACCAAAACGGGCGAGAUUAAGGGUGAAGAGGAGGAGGAGGGAGAAGAAGAAGGAGAAGGAGAACAAGAGCAAGAGGUCAAGCCGUUCAAGGAGAAGCUCAGAGAGCAAAGGGAGCGGGAGCAGGUUGAAAAGGCCGUACGCCCAAACGGGGCUGUUUCUCCAGAGCCGAUUCAAGACGUCAGCGCAGACCGCGACCGCCCAAGCAGCGGCAGACUGGCUGAUGCGGCAGCGGCGGCAGCGGCGGCAGCAUCGGCGACAACAGCGACAGCCUCGACUGCUGCCGCCAAAAGACCGCGAUCACGCUCGACGUCACGGAAAAGGCAGCCGCUGAAGAACUCGGCCAAGCUGCCCUCCGUCAAGGACGAUUUGCGCGAGCUCCAGCGGCAGCACAACAUUGACGACUCGACGGUGGACGACGACAUUGAGGAGAUUUUGUCCGGCCGAAAACACCCGUCCCCGAAGCUGACGCAGCUGCUGCAAGAGCUGCCGGCCAGGUCGGCGGGCGACGUCGACGACGCGCCCCUCAAAGCCCUGGACGACGAGGUCAAGCAAGAGCCAGCAGCCGCCGAAGACAAGGACGUUUCCGAAACGGAGUCGGUCCUCUUCAGCAAGAUGAGCAGAACCCUCCGCGCCGGCUUGUCCAACAUUCGCGUCGCCAAGAUUGGCAUUGAAAGACUGCAAGACCAAGUCGCCCAGACGGAGGCGAAGGCGCCGGGGCUGGAGGAAGACCGGCCGACCGAGGCGCCCAAGGCGGCCGCCCGAGGCGCAAAGCAGAAGCAGCACCAGCACCAGCACCAGCACCGGCACCGGCACCACGACAAGACGGCUCCCGACGCCGACGCCGACGCCGCCGCAUCGCCCCCGGCGUACCUCGUCCUCCCCGUCCCGCGACUGUACCGCACCGCGCCGCGGGCGGGCCUGACGCUGUGGGGGCUGCUGCUGGCCGUGCUGUCGGCCUGGUACGCGGCCGAGUGGGCCAUGUGCGCAAGGUACUGCCGGCCGACGACGUGCGGCUCCGCGCCGUGCGUGUACUCGUACGACGACCCGGCGUUCGGCUACGCGCUGCCGGUGAAGCUGGACCAGUGGACGACGGGCGGCGCGGGCCGCGGGCUGGCGCACCGGGCGGCGGAGCAGGUGCAGGACUGGGUGGCGGACCUCGACGACGCCCUGCGCGGCCGGUCGCUGCAGGACGUGGCGGUGGAGCGGCUGACGGCCGAGGAGCGGCUGCAGCACCGCCGGAGGCUGCGCAAGCGCGGGCUGCUCCGGCCGCCGGCCCGGGCGCCGGGGGGGGCGGACCAGCAGGCCAAGUGGGACGCGUGGCGGCGGUCGCGGCUGGCCAGGGAGCAGCGGGCGCGGGAGGCGCGGGCCACGUGGGCGCCGGACGAAGCCAUCGGGGGGGACGAGCGGGUGUGGUGA